CAUCAUCAAACUUCAUUUUCCGUGCAAGAGAACAGAUCCGAUCAGGCCUUGGCAGGUGACGACAAUGGAAAGAGAUGGUCAAGAUCCAAGCUAUAAACCUCCCCUCCAAUUUUAACGACUCCAUACAAAGAAUCCAAACCAAUGCGGCAUUUUUUAGGAUGAACCUUGCCAUCAUCAUAUUGUUUCUUCUCUUCCUCACCUUGCUCUGGCACCCUAUCUCACUAAUUGUCUUCAUUAUCAUGAUGGUCGCAGGGUUGUUCCUUUAUUUUUUACGAGACGGCCCCGUGUCAAAAGGCUUUGUGAUUGAUGAUCGCAUUGUGAUGACGGGUGUGUUGUUGGUUACCAUUGCCAUGCUUUUCCUAACAGAUGUGACAGACAAUAUCAUAAUUGGCCUUUCUGUUGGAUUAGCGGUUGUUUUGGUCCAUGGAGUAUUCAGAAGUACUGCUGAUUUGUUCUCUGUGGAUGACGAAGAAGUGAAUAGAUCGCCAGUUUUGAUGCGCCGUGCAGAAGAAGCGGUGCCUCUGCCAUUAAAGAAUGCAGCCUCCUCUUCUUAUUCUGUUUCUUAGUGUUCUCUUGAAUGCUUGAGAUGCUGUUGUUCAGUUUAGAAUAUAUGAAUUAGGGAAAGUAAGAGAUUCUUUGCUGUUUGAAGUUUUAUGUGUAUAGACUAGAAUAUAUAUAAUGUUUUCUUCUUUAAGAGAAAGUUCUGUUGCAUUCAA